AUGUGUUACUAUGGAGGAUAUUAUGGAGGCCUGGGCUAUGGCUAUGGAGGCUUAGGCUAUGGCUGUGGCUACGGCUGUGGCUAUGGUGGCUAUGGCUAUGGCUGCUGCCGCCCACUGUGCUGUAGAAGAUACUGGUCCUGUGGCUUCUACUGA